AUGGAUACGCCCCUAGGCCAGAGUGGCCCCGCUGGGGGAACGGCGCCAGGGGGCCCCGGGGAAAGGAGCCCCAGUGACGCUGCUAGCCAGCAUGAGGCCACGGCCAAUGCCCAGGCAGCAGCCGCACCUGCAGCAGCAGCAGCAGCAGCAGAAGCAGCAGCGGCAGCAGCAGCAGCAGCAGAUGCUGCGGACAAAAGAGGGGCCGCAGAAGAAGCGUCCUUAGUUUGUUUAAGAGGGGCUUCGCUUAACAGCAACCAGAGCACAAGUCUGGAGGACACUCGCGGAGGCGCCUGGGAUGGCUGCCCCUUUUCAGACUCCAGCAGCAGCAGCAGCGGCGGCAGAUACCUGCGCCUCUUCAACUGGAUGGACUUUCCGGCCAGGGCCCCGCAGCCCCCUGCGGGCCCCCACAUUCCUUGGGCCUCUGCUGCUGCUGCUCUUCAGGGUGCCAACGGCAGCCACAGCAGCAGCAGCAGCAGCAGCAGCGGCAGCAGUGACAUCGUACCGUCUGCGGGAGCAGCACCGGCGCCAUCAUCAGCAGCAGCAGCAGAAGCAGCAGCAGCAAGAGCUCCAUCCAGGGAAACCCCCCGUAUGGUCAUCGGGGUCUGCGCAAUGCGCGUGAAGACCGACAGCCGCCCCAUGAGGGAAAUCCUGGAGCGUCUUGAAAACUUCGAGGAGUUUGCAGUUCUUGUUUUCGACGAAAAGGUUAUUCUGGAGGCGCCCAUAGAAGAAUGGCCCCGCGUGGAUGGUUUGGUGGCAUUUUUCUCUUCUGGUUUUCCCCUCAACAAGGCCAUUGCCUACGCCCAGAAGUACAAGCCAAUUCUCCUUAACGAUCUUUCCAGGCAGCAGAUCAUUAGAAACAGAAUCAGCAUCUACAAAGUCCUUCGACAACACGGGAUUCCGCACCCCUCUUACGUCGUGGUGGACUACAACGCCGUGCGCAGGGGCGACGCGGUCUUCUCCGAGGGCUACGACUACCUCAGCAUUAACGGCCAGCGCAUUAACAAGCCCUUCAUAGAAAAGCCCCAGGAGGCCGACAACCACGACAACUGGAUCUACUACCCGAAGAAUGCGGGCGGUGGCUGCAAGAAACUCUUCCGGAAGCAGCAAAACAGCAGCAGUAGUUACUUUCCAGAUAUCCACCAAGUGCGCAAGGAUGGCGUCUACCUUUACGAAGAAUUUCUCCCCACCUUUGGCACUGAUGUGAAGGUAUACACCGUGGGCCCGCUGUUUGCUCACGCUGAAGCGCGCAAGAGCCCCAGUGUAGACGGCGUGGUAUGUCGCUCAGCAGAUGGCAAGGAGGUGCGGUACCCAGUUAUUCUCACGGAGAUAGAAAAGUGCAUCGCCUUCAAACUCGUCAGAGCUUUCCAGCAGGUCGUCUGCGGGUGGGUCUCGCUGCGGGCAGCAGCAGCAGCAGCAGCGGCAGCAGGAGAAGCAGCAGGAGGAGCAGCAGGAGAAGCAGCAGCACCCAAGGAUGCCCGUCCUGUAUCUUUUCGGAGACAGCGCAGCAUUCUUGCUGCGCUGCAUACGCUGCAGCCUGCCCUGCAGCAGGGCAGGGCAUAUGUGCCCUUUGCUUCUCUGUUGUGCUGCUGCUGCUGCAGAUUCGACAUUCUGCGGACAAGUCGGGGGCCGUUUGUGUGCGACGUCAACGGCUUUUCGUUUGUGAAGUCCAACAUAAAGUACUACGAGGACUGCAGCAGCAUUAUUCGUCUUUACUUUUUGAAGAAGCUGGCGGACCGCUGCGCGCGGGGCGCGUUGCAUGCGACGGUGCCGAGCACUGCAGCUUUGCUGCGGCAGCAGCAGCAAAACCUGGAGCACUACCUGGCGCAGCAGCAGCGCCGCUGCCCCCACGGGGAAAGGGCCCUGAGGGGCCUCUUCUGGCUGCCGGGGGGCCCCCACGCGGGGCCCCUCUCAGCACCCCUAGAGGGAGAGGCCGGGGCUACUCCCCCCAGACUGCCGCGGUGCCUCUGCAUGGCCUUAGAAAGUGAAGAAGAGGCCGAGGGGGUGGAGGAGGAGCUGCGGACAGUGGUGGUGGUGAUGCGCCACGGGGACAGGAGGCCGAAGCAGAAGCUGAAGUUUUUGUCCACGCAGCCGCUGCUGCUGCAGUACUUCACGCAGCAAAACUCCAAAAAGGAGAUCAAACUCAAAAGCCCCGAAGAACUCAGAGACCUCCUCGAGAGAAACACGGACAUCAUCACCACACUUGGACGGCAAGUUGCUGCUGCGAGCCAGGAGCUGCAGGAGAAGGGCGCAGCAGGAGGUGAAUGCGACUUGUCGGGUUUGAGCUCUGCAGAGGGGUCGUCCCAGCAGCAGGACAGCAGCAGCAGCAGCAAUACCAGCAGCAGCCACAGCAGUCCCUGCAGCAAUGCAGCAGAGAAGCUGGGCUCUCUGGAGGCUUUAAAGGCAGAACUGAGGCUGCAUAAGCAGCUGCAGAAAGUGCUGCUUCAGGGCGACGGCUUCGCCGGAAUUAACCGAAAGAUACAGCUCAAGCCAAAGAGGUGGGCCAGAGAACCAGAGCCUCCUCAGUCUGUUACCUCCUGCUCUCCUCCUUCCCGGGAGUCCUCUAAGCAGCAGCAGCAGCAGCAGCAGCCGGUGCAGGCAGCUCAAGAAGCAGAGCAGCAGCAGCAGCAGCAGCAGCGCCAAGGCGAGGCCGCUGGAGGAGAGUCGGCUGGAAGUGGUAGCAGCAGCAGCGUUGGAGUCAUGCGGACCUGCAGCGUGCCGCUGCUGCCGUCGUCUCCUGUUUGUCUGCUGUCUCCAUCUGCUGCUGCUGCUUCCUUCUCGCUCGCGGACAAGAACAAGCGCUCGUCUGCUUCAAGUCCCGUGGUCCCUCCCAGCGCCGUCGCUGCGGGGGCUGCUGCUGCUGCAGCUGCUGCUGCUGCUGUGGCCAGGUGGCAGGAGAGCGCCAGCCGGGGUGCUUCCAGCAGCACGCCUGCUGCCAAGCAGUCCAGUGGCAGCGGCACUGUCGGCAGCAACAGCAGCGCGGCCUGGGGCAGCAACUCGAGCAGCCACAGCAGCACUCGCCUAGAGAGUUGUGUUGUAGUUGCAAAGUGGGGCGGCGAGCUGACGGCUAUUGGCAGGAAGCAGGCAGAAGACCUGGGCCAGCGCUUCCGCUAUCAGCUCUACCCAGGGGACAGCGCGGGGCUGCUGCGGCUGCACAGCACUUUCCGCCACGACUUCAAAAUAUACACGAGCGAUGAGGGCCGCUGCCAGAUCACCUCCGCCGCCUUCACCAAAGGGUUUCUUGACUUGGAAGGAGAAUUGACUCCAAUUCUUGUCGCCCUUGUUAUUCACAACCGCAAGGCCUACUCGUUGCUGGACGAGGGUUCGCAGUGCGCCAGCGAGAAGAGGGUGCUGAAGCAGUGUCUGGAUUUCCUGCUCAACUUGAACGACGAGCAGCUGAACGCGUUGAAGGCGAGCGUUCUGGAGUUGAUACGGCGGCGGCAGGAGCAGCAGCAGCAGCAGCAGCAGCCGGCAGAGGAGGCUGCUGCUGCCGGAGGCGGGGAAGAGCCAGGCGCUGCAGCAAGAAAGGGGGAGGGCGAGGCCCACGUGGGGCCGCUUCGCCGGGACGGCCGAGAGGCCGAAGAGCCCUGGGGCGCAGAGCGCCUCUUACUAAACUGCCCAGAAGCAGACAUUGCCCUCAUCCCGAAGCAGCUGGAGGCCCUGCAGCGGCUGCAGUCCCCUGUGGACAGGCAAAAGGAGAUUUUGUCUCUGUUGAAAACGUUUCUGGAGCUGCUGGACCCCUUGAUAGAAGAAGUGACUGCGGGAGACCCCGAGGGCUCUUCCACGCCUAUUUCCUCCGCCCCGCCUUCUCUCAAACAAGCAGCAGCAACAAAGCUCGUCGACAUGAAAAGCAGAUGGGAGAAGAUUGCAGCAGACUGGUACAAGGGUGGCGUGUUUGACAGCAGCAAAGUGUCAGACAUUUUGGACAUGAUCCGCUACGAGCUCAUCCACCACUGUUACCUUCUCUCUCGAGACGGUGUACAGACAGCUAUAAGCAUCCACAACCGCAUCAAAGACCUGCAGGAAGCAGUUGCUGCUUUUGCUGCUGCUCACAGCAGCGACGAGAAGCUGCGUCUCGCAGUUCCCGUCGUCAGCCGCCUCAUUCGCAAGAUCUUGAGAGACGUCACUUUCUUCAGAAGCGACGACUCGCAGCAGAAGUCUCAGCCGCCGUCGACCAACCCCUCUUGCUUCUCGUGCAACUUGGACUGGGGCACUUCCUUGGGGGCAGCAGCAGCAGCAGCAGCAGCAGCAACGUCUGAGGAAGCGACAGCGGAGCUGAACGCGCUGGAAGCAGCAGCAGAGGCCGCCGAAUUGCCUACUGCUGACCCUGCGGCUGUUGGCUCUUCUACGGGGUCUCGAACUCCAGCAUAUGGAGACACUGGAGGCCAUCUAAAGGAAGAUCUCCCGGCCUUCAGAGUUCCCCGCAGAGGCAAAACUGUUACCGGCAACUCCCGCAGCAGCAGCAGCACCUUGGGCCGCAGCUGCAGCCCCUCCUGUCUCAGCACUGCGGGAGGAAACUCUUCGCACCGUGCAGCAGCUGAAGGGCUUCAAUCUCCUAGAGGGGGCGGCGCUGGUAUCGGUGGAAUAAUGUCCGGAGCAGCAGCAGCAGGAGGGUCCCCCAGAGAGCGGCGCAGCUGCUCCCCCCCGGGGGCCUCCAGUGGGGGCCCCGAGCUGCGGCGGGGCCUCGACUCCCGGUGCAGUCCUGGGGGAGGUGGGGCGACCCGCAGCAGCAGCACGCAGGGCCGCUCGAGCAGCAGCAGCCGCCACGACUGUGCUGCUGCUGCGGCGGGCGGGAAGGGCAGCAGCGGGCGCAGCAACAGCCGCAGCAGCGGCAGCUCCAUUGCAUGCGGCGGCAGCAGCAGGGGACGCGGCAGGUGCACUCCCCCAGGGGGCACAGCGGGGGUGAGUGGCCCCACUGACAUGGCGCUGAGGCCCCUGGGAGUUGCUUGUGGGGUCGGUGGGAUCGUCUCCGGGGAUGCUGCUGAAGCUGUUGUUAUCAACAGCAACGACUUGUGGGCACACCAGCAAACGGGGCCGCGGGGCAAGAAGGAUAAGGCCCUCAAACUCAAGAGGGAAGAGCACGAGAAGCAAAUGCAGCAGCUGCACCUUGAGCACGUACAAACCAAGCUCAAGCUGCUGCAGCAAGACGCCACAGACAACCGCUGCCUAACGACCCCCCUGCACCAGCAGCUACAGCAGCAGCUGCAGCAACAGCUCCAGCAACAGCUGCAGCAGCAGCUAGCCAGUCGCGACGCUGCAGGACCCUCUCAAGAGCUGCAGCAUCCCCAGAAACAACCAACAACGCCCAGCGACCAGCUGCUGCAGGAGCACCUGCAGCAGCGGCAAGUAGGCGCUUCUUCGGGUCCAGCUGCCUCGACGCCAUUCGAGGGCAGCCUGCUGCCUUCUCGGCAAGACUCUGAGAACCAGCAGCAGCUGCAGCAGCAGCUGCAGCAACAUCUGCAGCAGCAGCUCCAGCUGCAGCAGCUGCAGCAGCACCAAGACACCCGCAAGGCGAUGGAGAGAGGCGCAUCAGCCGAAAACACAGCGGGAGAUCGCAUGCAAAAGGCAGCUCAAGAACAGCCAGAGGCAGCAGCUGGGGAAGAGGAAGAAGAACAUGAGGAUGAUGAUCCCCACCAGCACGAGGUUGCUGCUGAGAUCCGCCUGAAGGAAGGCGAGGCCCAUCUUUUCGGGAUCCGAUCCCCCUGGCGGAUUGUCCGGAGCCGCUUUUAUGUCACCAGCGCCAGUCAUGUAGAGGCGCUCCUAAAUGUGUUGCUUCUCAGCCACAGAGCGGUCGCCUGCAACCCCUGCAACGCAGCGCGGGCCGAAGCAAUAAACCAGGGGGCAGCUCGAUCAGCAGCAGCAGCUGCUGCUGCUGCAGCAGCUGCAGCAAAACCAGGUGAUGCUGUUGGAGCCGCUGGUGAGGGCAGCACAGGAAACGCCAAGAGCGCUGAGGAGAAUGCUGCAGGAGAUGCAGCACAGCCGCAGUUCAAGCCCAUCUUGGAUCGAGACUUGCGGGACUUGCUGGGGCAGUGCGAGCUGCACUACCUUUCGCACAUCGUCUUCAGGGUUUGGGAAAGAAGACGGGCCAGGCCGGCUUCGGGGCCCCUCAGCGCACAAGACCAACAGCAGUGGCAGCAGCAGCAGCAGCAAGAUGAGAAGCGGCGGUACCGCCUGGAGAUUUUCUUCAGCACGGGGGCCCGCGACGGCUUCGGGGAGAAUUUUUACCUCUUGGAGCGGAAGGCACGUCAGCAGCAGCAGCAGCAGCAGCAGCAGCAGCAGCAAACAGCGCCCACCUCCGCCUCCAGCUGCCGCCCGCAGCUGUGGCGAGAAGUGCACCAGCAGGAGGAGGACGAGGCCCAGUCGCACCAGCUUCACGAAGUGAGGCUCUCUGCAGAGGCCCCGGGGGCGCCUCCCCAGGGCGCUGCAGAGGCAGCGGGGGACUGCAGGGAAUGCAGCAAAUGCAGGCAGGAGGGCGCGGGCAGCAGCACGGCGAGCAGCAGCAAGAGCAGCAGCGGGGGCCCCGCCGCCCAAGGCAUGAGCGACUCAAACUGCGCAUGCAGAAAGCCCUACAACAACCGCGUUCCCCCGUACUGCGAAAUUGCCCCUCUUCUACCCCUUGGCCGUUCUGUUGAUGUCGGAGACUUCGACACUCUCAUGACAGAGGUGCUGCGGCGUUACGGCGACGCGGGGGUUCAGCGCAGCCGCCCUGAGAAGCCAAAGGCUGGCUGA